GUAGGUGGAAGGCCUCAAGGGGGGGCCAAGGGGCUCGCUGCCUCCUUCUCGUUUGCAUGUACCCUACAGACUCGAGGGGUUAGCGGGCAAGUUGCAGGUCGUUCUUUAAAUAAAUUCUUGAAGCUGAAGUAGGUACUUCCCAACACUCGGUCGUCGUUCUUCAAAUAGCACUUCGUCUUUCCCUUUUUUCAAUUUUUGUCUUUUUUCCUUCAUUUCUUGAUAGGAAUACAAAACGAGAUUGAGACAAGAUGUUGCUCUAGUGUAUUGAGGGGUAGCUAGUGUGUCUCACUGGUCUUACUUUCUUAACAAUCUUAGCGUGCCUUUUCCGCCCGAGGAGGUCACUUCAACAGUUUCCACUGCUCUUGUUUACUUGGUUAUAGCCUUAUCCUGGCACCCUCACGGCCGCUCUCGUGGUCUGGUGUCUUAGGUUUGUUUUCUGUUGCUAAACGCUGUCGUUCCCUGGGGGAAAAAAGAUAUGAUAAUACAAGAUCAACUUGAGUAAAGAACUUAGAAUGAACAUAGCAAAAAGGAGCUCGUUGACCGUCGUCGUCUUUGUAAAAAAAAGUCACAACUAGCAUCGGUCUUUAGAUUAACAAAGAUCAGCUUCGGCCUCUCACUCGUACUACGCCUUAGUUCAGGCUAUAUUCCGUUCCUUCUCGUUGUCUAUACCUACCUCAGACAUUGCCCACUCUGUUGAGUCAACUUGUAGACACAGGAUUCCCGCAGGGUAAUUAAAUGUUCGUAUUGCGAGGAAAAUAGACCAGGUCCCCCCCAAAAAAAAAACAGAGUCGCUUUGCUAAAGGAGCAAAGCUCAAAUGACUCAGAUUUUACUAUAGAAAAAUGAAACCAAGUUUAUUUAUUUUCAUCAGCAGCUUACAACACAGAGGACUAGAAGGCUCUGCAAAAAUUAUGGCACAGCGAUUAAUAAGGGACGCAACCAAAUGCAGCAAAAAUGGGAGGCGAUCUUAAGGUCAAUUAAGCACCCAAGAAAAAGACAAAGUAGGUAACCGACCAUAACAAGCAUGCAAAUUAUGAAAUCUACAUCAAGACCGGCGUUAACACUCAUGCAAAAAGGUUGCAUGACAGUCAGCACUGCCUUCAAGUAAAAACAAGUCAAGCAUAUGAACGCUCGCGAAAAGUCACUUAUAUAAAAAUAGAUCAAGCUGUGGCCCCUAAUAAAGUUAGCCAUGCAGCUGCCUAUGCGUAUAGGCCGAUGGCGAAGUGUUAAACGGAUCAAGGACGCAGACCUUCAAGAAACAAAUGGGAGCAAGCUGACCUUAGUAUAGAGUAGCUCCACCAAUGCGACGACGUAUCUGAAGAUAUUUCAGUGAUUAUUCGCGGGCCGCCUCACUUUAAAAAAGUUCGAUCUCAGUAGUGGCGCCGCCCUCUGUGCCGAGUGUCCACAGCUUGAAGCUUCAGAUCCUAGCUAGCAAAUGGCCACAUCAAAGUUCUAGCUUUUUCCGUGUUCUUUUGUUGCAGGGUUUAGGUCUUGGCUCGCGGGGUUCAUCAGAAAUGCUCCAUCAUUGUUCUACUUAUGAGCCGUUGAUUAAUUUGCCCGUGGGGUUUCGGCUCUAGCUUUUCUGCGGCGAUGGCCGUUGUGCUUCGUCGUCUAGUAUUUUUAGCUACCUGGCCGUUGUGCUUCAGGAUUCUCGCAGGGUAUUUA